UCCCUUCUACUCCCCUCCUCAUAUCCAUCUCCCUCCUCACUCACCACACCCGAACACCGCGAUCCCGCGCUGCGAAAUGGCGGGAGGAAGCGGCGAGGCGGCAAUGUCGCCGCCGUCCUCCGGGGGCGGCGGCGGCGGGAAGCGCGGCCGGGACCCGGAGGAGGACGUGUACGUCGACAACCUCCACUCCCACAAGCGGUACCUCAGCGAGAUAAUGGCGUCCAGCCUGAAUGGACUGUCCGUCGGGGAUUCACUCUCUGACAACAUCAUGGUGUCCCCUGCAAGGUCAGAGACUGCUUCGUGCUUCAGGGAUGAGAUAUUAUCCCAAUACUCACCAAUGUCAGAAGAUUCGGAUGACUACCGGUGCUAUGACACUCAAAUAAACCCCGGUGUGAGUCAACCUGAUGCGAUGAUCAGCCCUUCAACUAGUCCAAUGUCAUCUCCUCACCGUCACCAGAAGCCACAAUGUCCUUUGUUACCUUCGAAUGUGUACCCUCUCCCGAGCUGCUCCCUCUCAUCAGUAGUCUGCUCUCAUGCUCGACGUGGCUCCGACAAUGAAGGCCGGUUCCCAUCCUCGCCGAACGACAUGUGCCAUGGGGCAGAUCUGAGGCGAACAGCACUACUGAGGUCGGUGCAAAUGAGGGUGCAAGGGCCCCAUGCAUAUGAUCUGCCAUUUGGCAUCAGACAAGAACAAGAACAUGUUCACGACCAUGAAGAUGGACAUGAGUAUGAGCAUCUAGAGGGUUUGGAAGGGGCUGAAAGAUCACCCUCUUGCAGUAAAUCAAUUGAUGAUGAAGUUGGUUACCGUAGGCCGGAUCAUGAUUUUGGGAGACCAGAGCAUGAGAUAGAUUACAUCAGCAACUGCACGUCAGUCGAUUGCCAAAAUGACCCAAAAUUUAAGCAAGACAAGAGCCAUUGUAAAUUUGAUACCAGUAUGGAUAAGAAUAGAUAGCACAGAGAACAUACUGUGACAUGUUCAUGUUAACGUUUGGGGAUUAUAACUCUGCUUAAUUUUGUUGCAGUUUUGAUGGUUCUAAAUCAACUAUUGUCUUGUUUUGAGCAUCAGCAUUCCGAAUACUGUUAUGUAUUGUAAUAUUUGAAUGAAAUAAACCAUUAGAGUGUUGCAAUGCCA